AUGACAGACGUAGUGGUGGUCCUGAUGAAGGAUUACGUUAAGUUUUGCGUACUGCUGGCUAUGGAUUUUGCUGGUCAAACGUGUUGGAUGGAGGACAAUGGCAGUCGUGGCAGCACUGAAAAAAAGCCGAAGACAACAGCGGUAGCAGUGGCAGCAGUAGCGGCAGCAGUAGCAGUAGCAGCAGUAGCAGUAGCAGCAGUAGUAGCAGUAGCAGCAGUAGCAGCAGGGCUUGGCCAUGGCCAAUUUGUCGUUAAUAAAGCACAACUCGUCUGUACGCAGCCUCUGGAGCGGACAAAAAUAGAACGAAUUCUUCUCAACUCCAGUUGAUUGCUCUAUCCGAUCUGCUCCACUCCGUUAUCUCGUAGUCCGCGGUGCGAAUUUCCGCAAGGUGGCAGUCCAAUUGACAGCUCGAUGCUUCCACGCGUUACACGUCCCCGUGAUUUACGUAUUGCUCCAGCACCUCCUCUUCUAUCACGAACAGCAGAUGAUUUCAUAACAGCGUCCAAGAAACACGGCAAUGGCAGCACUGCUCCAGGGUAA